AUGGUGCAGAACGUCGACGACCUGGACUUCCACCUGCCCUCGCACGCCCAGGACAUGCUGGAUGGCCUACAGCGCCUGCGCUCCCAGCCCAGGCUGGCCGACCUCACCCUGCUGGUGGGUGACCGGGAGCUGCCCUGCCACCGUGGCCUGCUUGCCCUCAGCAGCCCCUACUUCCACGCCAUGUUCGCGGGCGACUUCGCCGAGAGCUUCUCAGCGCGCGUGGAGCUGCGGGACGUGGAGCCGGAGGUGGUGGCCCAGCUGGUGGACUUCGUGUACACGGGCCGGCUGACCAUCACCCAGGCCAACGUGGAGGCGCUGACCCGCACGGCCGCGCGCCUCCACUUCCCCGCUGUGCAGAAGGUCUGUGGCCGCUACCUGCAGCAGCAGCUGGAUGCCACCAACUGCCUGGGCAUCUGUGAGUUCGGGGAGCAGCAGGGCCUGCGGGGUGUGGCGGCCAAGGCCUGGGCCUUCCUGCGGGAGAACUUCGAGGCCGUGGCGCAGGAGGACGAGUUCCUGCAGUUGCCCCGUGAGCGGAUGGCCGCCUGCCUGGCCAGUGAGCUGCUGCAGGUCCAGCCUGAGCCCAGCCGCCUGGAGGCCCUGCUGCGCUGGGUGCGCCACGACCCGCCCGCCCGGGCGCCCCACCUGCCAGAGCUGCUGGGCCUGGUCCACCUGGACGCGCUGCCCCAGCCCUGCGUGCAGCGGCUGCUGACCUCGGAGCCCCUGAUCCAGGCCUCUGAGGCAUGCCAGGCUGCCCUGGCCCAGACCGCUCUGUCCCAGAGCCAUGGAGAGGAGCUGCUGGCCGUCCCCCAGGCGCUGGAAGAGGUCCUGGUGGUGGUGGGCGGGCGGGCGCUGGAGGAGGAAGAGGAAGCAGUGGAAGAGCUGCAGCCUCGGCCUGGGAACUUUGCCUUCUACAACCCCAAGGCCAAACAGUGGAUGGCUCUCCCUGACUUCCCCGACUACCACAAGUGGGGCUUCUCGCUGGCAGCACUGAACAACGACAUCUAUGUUACAGGGGGCUCACGGGGCUCCAAGACAGACACCUGGUCGACCACGCAGGCUUGGUGCUUCCCACUGAAGGAGGCGGCCUGGAAGCCGGUGGCACCCAUGCUCAAAGCCCGCACCAACCACGCCAGCGCUGCGCUCAACGGGGAGAUCUAUGCCAUCGGAGGGACCACUUCGGACGUGGUGGAGGUGGAGAGUUACGACCCCUUCACUGAUAGCUGGACGCCCAUCAGUCCAGCGCUCAAAUACGUCAGCAACUUCUCUGCUGCUGGCUGCCAAGGCCGCCUCUACCUGGUGGGCUCCAGCGCCUGCAAGUACAACGCCCUGGCCCUGCAGUGCUACAGCCCGGUCACAGAUGCCUGGACCGUGAUUGCCUCACCCUUCCUCCCCAAGUACCUGUCUUCCCCGCGCUGUGCUGCCCUGGAUGGCGCUCUCUACCUCGUCGGGGACAACACUAAGAAGGUCUAUGUGUAUGACCCUGGGGCCAACCUGUGGCAGAAGGUGCAGUCCCUGCACAGCCUGCAUGAGAACGGCGGGUUGGUGCCUCUGGGGGACGCCCUGUAUGUGACAGGCGGCCGCUGGCAGGGCAUGGAUGGCGACUACCACGUGGAGAUGGAGGCCUAUGACCGCAAGCGAGACGCCUGGACCCGCCGUGGUGCCCUGCCCCGUCUCUGGCUCUACCACGGUGCCACGGCUGUCUUCUUGGACGUGGCUCAGUGGACCCAGCCCUUUGGUGGCACCCCUGAGCACUAG